AUGCUGACGCGUGUGCAGACGCUUCGCUUCGUCCCCGCACAGCGACGGUCUCGAAAGCAAAGGCUCGGAUCCUUCUUGGCUUCUCACAACAUCAUCAUUGGAGCUACACCCACGGCAACAGUGUACUCAAUCGUCAGAGUACGCACUGAACACGUCUCACGCUCUCGACAGGGCCAAUACCUCGCUUUGACCAUCCACAACGACGCCUCAUCGCAUUUCAGGUACGUCAACGGUACAUCAAAAGUGCCGCAAGAAUCAUCCGCAAACAUGUCGUGGAGGAGCAAUGCGCAGCGGACGGGCAUGAAUGCCCAGCCUCUUCAGGGCGCAAGACGCUGGGGUGGAGGAGGCGGAGGUUCAACAGGCGCACCAGAAGAUUCAUCCGGCUCCGGUUCGCCGCCUUCCAACUACCAGCAACAAUCUUCUCAUCCAUACCAGCCUUCAUACCAGCAGCAUUCACAACCAUAUCAUGCAGCGCCGCCGUCUUCAUCGCCGCUUCCUCCAUCCGACCCGAGAUCUGCUGCGCUAGCAGCUGCAGCCGCCGUCGCAGCGAGUAUCGGCAUCAAACGCGAUCGCGACGCACCACCCUCCCACUCCUACGCCGCCCCUUCCUCCUCCAGCGCCGCUGCAUCAGAAGCAUCAGGUGCAGACGCAGGUCCGCGCAAGCGCAAAUCGCGCUGGGGAGACGCAAGUGACAAACUCACCAUCCCCACCGCCAUCGGCGCCAACGUCUCUGCCCAGGAGCUCGACAAGUACGCCAUCCAGGUACGACUCGACGAGAUCUCGCGCAAACUUCGUUCCGGUGACUUUGUCCCUCCCGACCGCGAACGAUCGCCUUCACCUCCACCCACCUACGACAACCAAGGUCGCCGUACCAACACCCGUGAAGUGCGUUAUCGCAAGAAGCUCGAAGACGAGCGUGUCGCUCUCGUCGAUCGUCAACUCAAACUCGAUCCCAACUUCCGUCCUCCCUCCGACUACCAUGCCAUCAAACGCAAUCAGCGUCCCACCGAGAAAGUCUACCUGCCCAUCAAAGAGUUCCCCGAGAUCAAGUUUUUCGGCCUGCUCGUCGGUCCGCGAGGAAACACGCUCAAGACGAUGGAACGUCAAAGUGGAGCAAAGAUCUCCAUCCGAGGCAAAGGCUCCGUCAAGACAGGAAAGGGCAAGAUCGAUGCCGACGAAGACGAAGAGGAGAUGCACUGCGUUGUCACCGCCGACGACGAAGCCGCAGUCAAGAAAGGCAUCAAGCUCAUCAACCAAGUCAUCGAAACAGCUGCCUCCACACCAGAGGGCGAGAACGAUCACAAGAGGAGUCAACUUCGCGAACUCGCCGCGCUCAACGGUACCCUCCGCGACGACGAGAACCAGCUCUGCAAGAACUGCGGCAACAAGGGUCAUCGUGCCUUCGAGUGUCCCGAACAACGCAAUUGGACCGCACACAUCAUAUGUCAUCGGUGUGGGGGACAGGGUCAUUUGGCUAGGGAUUGUACACAAGGUAGAGCGGGUGGAUUUGCAGGUGGUCCCCCACCGGGUGUUGGCGGAGCGGGAGGAGGAGUGGGCACGGGCAACAGGCAAUUCGAUUCCGAGUAUGCCAACUUGAUGGCCGAGUUGGGUGAACCUGCUGCUGCGGGUGCUAGUGGUGUCGCACAGAAUGGGGCCACCGCUGUAGGAGGAGCAGCAGCAGCAGCAGCAGCGGUGGGUGCGGAUGGCAAAAAGAUCCCACCUUGGCGCAACCCGGAAGUGUGGAGUCAACCCGGAUUCGGUGGACCGCGUGGUGGCGACGCAGGUAGAGGCGGAUGGAAUCGCGGAGGCUACAACAACCGCGGCGAUCGCGCCCACUAUCAACCUCAGCAGCACCAACACCCUCACUCCUACCAACAGCAACAGUCCUAUCCCAGCUACGACCAGUCUGCCACAACACCAGCUCCAGCGACCGGUGAAGUAGCCGACCAACAGCAAGACUACAGCGCCGAAUGGGCGGCGUACUACGCUGCUCAGGCUGCCGCGGGCGGAGCACAGACUGGUGAGCCGCCAGCGGCGGCGGCGGCGGCGAGUGCGGGUGGGGAAGGCGCGGUGGAUUAUACAAAGGAGUGGGAGGAGUACUAUCGUAUGCAGGCGGCGGCUGCUGCUCAGGAUGGGGGUGCGUACGGGGCUGGUGCACAGGCUUGA